AUGCCUAGGAAAGGAUUGCAAAAAGUCAAGACAGGAUGUUUUACAUGCAAGAUACGAAAGGUCAAAUGCGAUGAAACUAAGCCUCACUGUUUGAGGUGCACGAGUACUCGGAGAAAUUGUGAUGGCUACCCCCCCGAGGUGUACGGGGCCUGUUCUUGGGAUGAGCUUCUAAGUUCAAGUGCCAUUAUCCCUACUCCGAGAACUGGUCGCAGCAAUCGGGAAGGUAGAGCCUUUGACUUUUUUCUGCAUGUGGCUGCUCCGAGCAUAUCGAAUUACUAUGAUAAGGAAUUCUGGACACGCCUCGUCCCAAUGGUUUACCAGCAAGAGCCCGCUGUUCGUCAUGCAGUAAUCGCUAUUAGCUCCAUCUACGAGCAGCUCAGGAAUGGUCGGUUGGAUGCCCUUGACUACACUGGCGGUCGAUUUGCCCUAGGCCAUUACAACCAGGCCCUGUCACGCCUCACUAGCAAGUCAAACACUGAGUUCACAAUGCUAUUCUUGUGCAUUCUUUUCGUAUGCGUAGAGAUCUUGCAGAAGAAUGCACCCGCCGCCAUCGAACACUGCCGACAUGGCAUAUCGAUCUUGAAUACCGCAAUCAUGACACCCUGGGUUCGUGAGAAACUUACACCUAUGCUUGUCCGACUAAGCAUUUUCCCCUUCUUUUUUGGUCGCACUAUCACCACGUUUCCUUCUCUAAGCGAUCUGGUGAUUGGUACUACAGCUCCAUAUACUACACUUGAAGAAGGCCUCUUUGCUUUAGACCUCCUCCAGGCACGGUCCGUCCGAUUCAUACGCUCCAGCGACACAUACAGACAAGGAAUCAUGUACAGCAUAGAUUUUCCCGAUAAUCUUUAUAAAGAACAGUUCGACAUACUUGCUGCGCUGAAUCAAUGGCUUCUUGACUUCUCCGUCUUCAGAGAAACGUACCCGCCUACUUGCCAUGACACUAAAGCCGCGUACUUGGGAACACUCAUGAAAGGCCUUGUCUCCAAGAUAUGGGUGGCAAGCGCCCUUGACAAGACAGAAAUGGGUUAUGAUGACCAACUGGCAUCCUUCAAGGCAGUCGUAGAUGCUGCAGAAGACAUUAUCUCGAUGCUCCCUCCUGUACAAGCCUUGCACUCGAAGUCCAAGUUUACCUUUGGGAUGGGCUAUAUGCCUGUCUUGUAUCUAGUGGUAAUCAAGUGCCGAGAUUUGGGUAUUCGACGCAGGGCCUUCCAUUCGAUGAUUUAUCUUGCAACGUGCCAAGAAAAUUUAUGGGAUCUCUCGGCCAUGUCUGCAACCGGUCGACGCGUUAUAGAACUGGAGCAUAGCAUUAGCCUUGAGGCAUUUGACAAAGAAGAGCUUCCCAAUGCUUGCACAUCUGUUCCUCUUGAUGAGAUGCGGAUUCGUGA